UGCGAGUCCCUGAAUAUUAGGGAGGUGCAAUAUUAAAUCAGCGAGUCCCUGCAUCAUAUACACAUUCCAGAACGUAGUGGAAUGACUGCUGGAACAGGCCAGGCAUGAGCGGCGCACACCUGGACGAAUGGCAGCGGAGGUCCUUUGACAUUUCAUCUGGCAACAGUACACCUGAACAGACGGCCGAUGCCUACCGGGCCCACAUCCUCUCCAUUCAGUAUGCAUGGGCAAGCUCCCAGCUCUCUCAGGCCGGCAUGGCCAGCCUGCUCAGGACUUACUCCGAGCGUUACGCCGCUGUGCUGGACUCGGAUGACCCCCGCACAGGGCUUAACAACUAUGCAGAGAGCGCACUCCAUCUGGCCCGCAGUCAGAAGAACUACAGCGACAAAUGGGAGUCGUCCCUGACCACGGAGAGUGUGCUGCAGUUGCCCAGCGUUCAGAGGAUGAUUCAGGCAAGGACGGAAGGAGAAAGUUUCCCAGUGGCACCAGCUGAUGUGAACAUAACUGUGGGACACGAGAGCAGAGGCAGCUCCCUCUCUGCUCCCUUCACUGGAGUCAGGUCAGAGGCUGCAUUGUUUAAAAUUUUAGGACCCCCACAGCCUAAAUCAGAAGUUAACAACACUGCCAGUAUUCCUGCUAAUAUUUCUGCUGAGAGGCCAAGAGGUUCAGACGUGAUCUCAGGCAAUCCAAACUCAUUCUUUCAACCUCCAGCCCGACCACAGUCUGUGUUUAGUCAUCCCUCUUCAGCUCUUCCACAGGUGAACCCUGGACCUGCAGGGUGUAAUCAAAACUAUCAAUCCUCCUUCUUUCCCACAUCCAACCCAUCUAAACGCAAGAACUUUUAUAGCCCAGAUGGAGGGGAUGGUGGCAGAGGGCAACAUGGAGGUCAAGGAGGCACUGACCCACGAGCUGGAAGCAACUUCAAAACAGCUCGCGAGCAGUUCAUUGUUGAUCAGCACAAAAAGCAUUCCCAUCAGCCCCAGAGAGGUCAGGCCCCUGGGAUGGCAGCAACUGUGAAGAAAUCUCUGGGUACUAACAGGCCUCGAGGUGCAUUUUCAAAGUUUGUGUCUCCAAUCCCACGACAGGAAGAAGAAGAAAGUGUGCCGAGCCGUAAUUCAAAUCAGGAACCUCAAAUCCUGGACGAGCGUCUGAAGAACUUUGAGCCAAAGAUAGUUGAGCUGAUCAUGAGUGAGAUCAUGGACCACGGGCCUCCUGUUGCCUGGGAUGACAUAGCAGGCCUGGAGUUUGCCAAGACCACCAUAAAGGAGAUUGUGGUUUGGCCCAUGCUGCGACCUGACAUCUUUACUGGCCUCCGUGGUCCACCUAAAGGCAUCCUGUUGUUUGGACCACCGGGGACUGGAAAAACUCUGAUAGGAAAAUGUAUCGCCUGUCAGUCAGGUGCCACCUUCUUCAGCAUCAGCGCUUCAUCGCUUACCUCCAAGUGGGUGGGUGAAGGAGAGAAAAUGGUGCGAGCCCUGUUUGCCAUCGCCCGCUGCCACCAGCCUGCUGUCAUUUUCAUUGAUGAAAUUGACUCCCUGUUGUCCCAGCGGACAGACGGGGAGCACGACUCAUCACGCAGGAUCAAGACUGAGUUCCUGGUUCAGCUGGACGGGGCUGCCACUGCAGCCGAGGAUCGCAUCCUGGUGGUGGGCGCGACCAACCGGCCCCAGGAGAUUGACGAGGCUGCCCGUCGACGCCUGGCAAAGCGGUUAUACAUCCCCCUGCCUGAAGCAGCUGCCCGACGCCAGAUAGUGACAAACCUAAUGGCUCGAGAGAAGAACCAGCUGAGAGAGCAUGAGCUGGAGAGCGUGGUAACAUCCGCAGAGGGCUUCUCCGGAGCGGACAUGACUCAGCUGUGUCGAGAGGCGGCACUGGGGCCAAUACGCAGCAUCCAGCUCAGUGAUAUCGCCACCAUCACCGCUGAUCAGGUGCGACCAAUCCUGUACGGUGACUUCCAGGAGGCCCUGAAGACUGUUCGACCGAGCGUCUCCACGAAAGACUUGGAGCUGUACGAAGAGUGGAAUAAGACUUUUGGAUGUGGACGUUAAACUUGGUUUCUCAACCUCAUUAUCACCUACUCGUGUUCAGGCGCUAGAUGUUAUUUAGAACCAAACAGUUUAGCCCUGGUCAGAAUAGCACUAACGCCUUACGCUGCCGUAAAAUUACUUUACACAGUCUCACAACAACCUUCCAUAUAUAAGCUUCACAAAGAUCCUUCUCUAAAUGCAGAGGUGCGUGUUAGGUUGUCUUGUAUUGUUUGUUAUUCAGUACAAAUGGCCUGAUGGUUUGUGAUCCAUUUUAUUUUACUCCUCGUGUUCCGGCUGCUGUAAUUUGGAAGAAAAUAUAAACACAAGUUGCUAGGAGAGGAAUGUGUUAGCAUAUUUUGUGAAAUGUCUGAAAUGCAGCCCAUACAUCUGUUCUAAUUAUCCUCACUGAGAGAAUUUUCUCAGCACAUUGUUCCCAGCAGGUUGUAUUAUACAUUCAAAUGAUUUUCAGGCGUUCGUAUCGCCUGGUCUGCUUUGUUCAGCUGCUAAUUCACCUGUUGCUUUGUGAUUUGUGAGUUGUGCACAUGAACCGUGUUCCAGACGAAGCAGGGAUUCUGUUCUAUGUUGCUUUAUAGCAAAUUGCAUGGUUUUUGUAAUACUUUGAGGAUUGACAUUCAGCAUUUGUAACCUUCUUUUCCAGAGAUAUUCUCAUCUGUAUUAUAUAAAACAUGUCAGGAGUUAAACCUUUAUCCUGGUUUCAGUUAAUAGCCAAAUUUGUGUUUUUCCCCACUAAUAAAUUAAAAUGUUGCUUCGUU